AUGGCGAGACCCCAAGAUACGGCUUUGGCCCGAUUCUAUGGCCUCCCUAAGGUGCGCAAAGACGGUGCUCCUCUCCGACCCAUCGUGUCGCUCAAAGGGACUCCAACGUACGGACUGGCUAAGUGGCUGUUCAGGCGUCUCAAGUUCCUGACCGCUGGGUCAGACACCACGGUCUCUUCGUCAGCACAAUUCCUGGAGAAACUCAAAGGGGUAAGCAUCCAUCCAAAUGAGGUCAUGGUAUCUUUUGAUGUUACAUCCCUUUUUACUUCUAUUCCCCAGGACCUGGCGAUCGAGACAAUUGAACUGCUACUACAAAGCAAAUACGAUGAAACGGAGAACCGUCUUGGACACGCCCAAAUCCUUCAGCUCCUGAAGCUCUGUCUCAGGACGUACUUCACGUUCGACGGGACAAUCUACGAACAGGUGAAGGGCACGCCAAUGGGUUCGCCGAUUUUGGGGUUCAUCACCGAGGCGGUCCUGCAACGGUUAGAGUCGCUGGUCUUCCAACACCACAGACCGAAGUUCUGGGCCCGGUAUGUGGAUGAUACCUUCGUCGUCAUCGAACGGGAUCAGGCGUUGACAUUCCGAGAACAUCUCAACGCCGUCUUCCCGGACAUUCAAUUUACGAUGGAGGAGGAAGAGAACAACCAGCUGGCCUUCCUGGAUGUCCUCGUAUGCCGUAAGGAUUGUGGUGGACUAAAGACCAAAGUGUUCAGGAGAGCGAUAAAUACGAUGCAAGUAAUGAACUUCAACAGUAACCACCCAAUCAGCCACAAACGUAGUUGUGUAAGGACGCUCUAUCGGCGUGUCGAAACGCACUGCAGUGAGCCGGAAGACAAAAUUGCUGAACUACAAUACCUCCGACGCGUCUUCAAAGCCAAUGGCUACCCGCGCAACUUCGUCGACCGGUGCAUACGCAAGUGACGAAAGGCCUAACCGCACGGACACCAAGUCUUGGCGGGCACUUCCGUAUGUCAAGAACGUUUCGGAAGCUGUCGGCCGCCUUCUCGCACCACUUGGAUUUGGAGUGGCACACAGACCGGAGGCAACCAUCAGGCGUCUGAUCAUGAAACCGAAAGACCCACUGCCACGGCUAGAAACGUCUGGAGUCGUUUAUCGGAUCUGGUGCAGUUGCGUACAAAGCAACUACGUCGGAGAAACCGGAAGACAGCUCCGAACGAGAAUGGCUGAACACGCGGCAGCGGUGCGCAGAAAUGACGCCAGCUCUCAAGUUGCGGCUCAUUCGACGAGAUCCGGCCACACAUUUAAAUUCGAUGAGGCCGAAAUUCUCGCAAGAGGUGACAACCGAGUGAGCCGUGAGCUACUAGAAUCAUGGUUUACUAGUCCCCAGUCCAUCAACAAGUGCAACGAUCUUCCCAUUCAAUACAGCGUGCUGAGACUUCGUCUAGGCGGAGUAAUUGGCCACUCGGGGAGCGCACUGGUGAACACUCUUCCCAACACCCGGGUCAACGCGUCGGAUGGUCGAGCAAUCAUCACGCCAACAUCCAACGCAGCAGCAAUUAUCGACUCGAAUGUCGGCCAUCAGGCAGUGAUCACACCAAGUGUGACAAUCCCGGAUGAAGGGGGGGAGCCGUGAACGUUCAUAGGUAUGCGGUAGCAUGGCUACUGCAUCCUAUAAAUACCGCAGUCCCUUGUGCAACAACCACCCGUUUCUGCUCUUUUGUCUCUGAUGAUGGAUUCGAGUAGGAAUCCGAAACGUCAGGCUAAUAAAGCUCUUGUCCCGGCGAUCGUGUCUCCUUCUUCAUAAAUGCCCUCCUCUGACCUAUUUUCCGAGGUGUGUGUGUUUACAACUUACGCUCGAUUGCAAAAAGCAUGAGUUGUAGAAUGGUUGUGCGCUUGACCAUGCGGAAAGUCAUUCAACGUGCGUUCAGCGUCCAGUUACUUACAGAGUCAGAGGUGAACUAGUAGGACAUCCUACUAUCCGGCGCAGUAAAGAUAGCAAAGUGGACACUUAGCCAAGAAACACACAACUAACUUUGAUAAACAUUCCACAACUGUCUCACUUAUCAGCACACAGUCUGGGUCCCGAUUAUCCCAGUUGGGCAUCUCAUGCCCAUAUCCAGGCCGGUGCGCCCAGUUCUGGAUUAUCAGCCAUACCGACUCUAGGUCUGGAUGACCUGCUCACUGAGUUUUAA